GUUAUUGACAACAAUAGUAGCUGAUUUUCCUCUGACAACAGUAGACUUCAUGCCUGAUGGUACCACUUUGGCUAUAGGAUGUUCCCGGGGAAAAAUCUGCCAGUAUGACUUAAGGCAACUGACCUCCCCAGUGAAAAUAGUUGCUGCUCACAAAGGCUGUGUGAAAUGCAUACGUCUUCAGUUCAGUAGCACUUUUUCCAAGUCCAACAUUACAGGUUCUUCAAAUAAACCUGUGUCCAAAAGAGUGGAAGUUGUAGCUGGUAGUAGUCUUGGAGGAAUUCAAAAUACUGGCAUCAAAAGUGUUGCCUCUCAAGCAUCAGCAACAUUGCCAAAUGAGAAUAAGGGAGGAGAUGUUCUUCAGGAGAAAACAGUCUUUCCCCAUAGCUGCAGCUUGGACGUGAUUCCAUCUAAAGAAACGGAUCACGGGAAGAGUGCUGAUUUAAAUAAUUUAGGGUUGGGCCGAAGUAGUUUAGGAGACGUGUUUUCUCCAGUCAGAGAAGAUGCUAUUGCAAGUAAGGUGAAUGAAGAACCUCAGAGAAAGGGAGAUGGUCUGGAUUUUCAGCCCUACCUUUUGGGUUUGGAAUUUCUCCCACAGCUCACCACUGCCCUUCCAGUAAAAAAAAUCCCAGUGGGCAGUAGUGCACAAGGGAUACGGUCUAGCCCAUUACAUGCACUGGUAGGAUCUCCAGUUAAAGAACAGGAAGAACAUCUGGAGACUGACACUAAGAAAAUAAGUCUUGGAAAGCAAGAAUCUAAAGAAGUCCUAAAGCAGCUUUCGAAAUCAAGUUCAUCAAGUGCAGAAUCUGUAACUUUAAGUCCUCCAGCAUCAUCCACUGCUGUAAAGGCUCCUGAUACAAAUGAGAAACUACUGAAGAAUAUUCAGGCACAUCCUGCCUAUGAUCUACCAGUAAAUGGUACUACCUCAAGUCCAAAGAUAACAUCACCUGUCACUGCUGGAGUUGCCUGUUCGUUGUCAGAAAAAAUAGCAGAAACCAUUGGGAGUAGCAGACCAAAUGCACCUCUGACAUCAAUCCAAAUAAACUUCAUUCAGAAUAUGAUACAAGAAACAAUGGAUGACUUCAG